AUGUGUCGUGGAGUUCAACAUCAACCGAAGCCCAACUUUCCAGGUCUGAAAGAUGAUGGAUGCAGAAAGAAGUUCCGCCAAGGAGUGUCGAUUAAUAUUGGACUACAGACCAAGAAGAGAGUGGAUGACGCUGACUCUUUCACCAAAUGCAUUCAGGACGCAGCAAAGAAAACGCUCCUGGUUUCAACACCAAAGAAGAACGCCUCUGCAUCUGCGGAGACAAGACCCACCUUCAAUUCUGCAUGUGUUGCUCGCACUGGUGACUUCACCGAGGGGGAGCGUCUGAGAAGGAGGUUGCGUCGUCAACUGAAACGUGAUCGAACUAAUGAACGUCAAGAGUGA